ACAGGCUGCGUAGAGAAGGAAAGAGAGAGCGACGGGGAGAGUUUGUCUCCCUCAUCAAUGGGGGUUUUCACCGCAGCAGAGGAGGAGAACUGAAGGCGAGAAAUCAGCUCAAAAUGGCUAAAAACCAGGAAGUGGAGCGCAUCGCCAAAAAGCUGGAUAAAAUGGUGCACAAGAAAAACACGGAUGGAGCUCUUGACCUGCUGAGGGAACUAAAGAACAUCAAGAUGUCCCUGGAGACCCUGCAGUCAACCAGAGUUGGGAUGUCAGUGAACGCGGUGAGGAAGCAGAGUUCAGAUGAAGAAGUUCAGAUUCUGGCCAAAGCUCUCAUUAAGUCCUGGAAGAAACUGCUGGAUGGUUCGGAUGAGAAGGAGAAGAAGAAGGAAGGCUCACCUGUGAGGUCAUCAUCCACCUCCAAGGACUCUGGCAGCAGCGAGAAAAGCAGCAAGAAGUCUAGGGAGCCCCCCACCACCCCAACCACGCCCACUAGUCCCACUACCCCAACCCUCCCACCUCUGGUCACCUCCUUCCCCCCCGCUCCCGUCACCACCGACAGUGUGCGGAACAAGUGCCGAGAGCUGCUGGUGGCAGCGCUGCAGACUGAUGAUGACCACAAGACAAUUGGAGUCGACUGUGAGCACCUCGCAGCACAAAUUGAAGAGGAGAUCUUCCAGGAGUUUAAGUCAACAGAUAUGAAAUAUAAAUCUCGUCUACGAAGCCGGAUCUCCAACCUGAAGGACCAGAAGAAUCCCGACCUGCGGCGUAAUGUCCUGUGUGGAAACAUCUCGCCUCAACGCAUUGCCUGCAUGACCGCUGAGGAGAUGGCGAGUGCAGAGCUGAAGCAGAUCAGAGAGGCUCUGACUAAAGAGUCCAUCAGAGAGCAUCAGCUGUCGAAGGUUGGAGGAACUGAGACGGACAUGUUCAUCUGCAACAAGUGUCACGGAAAGAGCUGCACCUACACACAGGUCCAGACUCGCAGUGCUGAUGAGCCAAUGACCACCUUUGUGUUAUGUAACAGCUGCGGCAACCGAUGGAAGUUCUGUUGAAGAGGACCUGUGGUUAUUAUUCCUUCAUGAAGCAAACUGACUUAAGUGAACUGAAUGUGGAUUUAAAAAAAUAAUAUAGUUCUUUUCUUUAUUUUGUAUAAUUUUAUAUAUCUAUAAAACUAAAAGCUGUUAUAUAUUACGAGAAAAAUAAGCCAGUUAACGUUUUCUAUUGGUUGAAUUUGUUUUGUAUGGAGCACAGAGUUUAUUUCAUACGCUAGAUGAAGCUUUAAGCCAGAUUUAAAUCACAUUUAGGCCUUGUAGAAACAGUGGAUGUGCCUUUCUUUGCCAUGUUGUGCUGCCACAUAUUUUGCCCUUAACAUUUAUAUUAAAGUAGCUCUUGGAUUAAGACAACA